AUGGAGUCUGCAGCUCAAUUCCUCGGCGAUAUCGCGACCAACUCCAAGGUCAUCUUAAAAGGAACCAAAGACCAUGUCGACGGCAUCAUCGCAGACCUGCACGCCGUCGGUCUGAAAACCACAGCGGAAGACGCCCAAUCCCUCGCGACAUAUCUCGCACAAAUGAAGACGGGAGACGGCGUGGAUGACCGGGCGAUGAGACAGGAAAAGCUUAUGUCUUGGUUAUUCAAGCUGCCCCUGGAACCCAAAUCCGCCGUGGGCAGUACCCUCGAACAUGGGGUUGUUCAGUCGCUGUGGGACACGCUUCCGAAUCCAUGUCCCGGCUGGACCCAACAUUCUGGUCCUCAGUAUCGGCGUGCGGAUGGCUCGUUUAAUAAUCUCUAUGAACCGCGAGUUGGCCGGGCGGGCGAGGCGUACAUUCGCAACGUCGUGUCCCGCAGGGAUCAGAGCAAGGACUUGCCUAGCCCCGAGGAUGUUUUUGAGAAGCUCUUCAGGAGACGGACGCCGGCUGAUGGGGGAUUCAGAAAGCAUCCUUGCGGCAUAUCGGCCAACAUGUUUUAUAUGGCGACUUUGAUCACGCAUGACUUGUUCAAUACCGACAUCACGAACCGUUUCAGAAACAAGACGACGAGCUGGAAUCAAGAAAUGCAAGACUCUGUCCGCGAUAAAGCAGGCCACUGCGGAAAGCUUCAUGCCGAUGUCUUUGCCGAUCCUCGUCUGGAUUUAAAACCACCAGGCGUCAUCGCCAUGGCCCUCCUCUGGUGCCGAAACCACAACUGGAUCGCCGAACAGUUACUGAUCGAAAGCAAAGAUGAUCCACGCUUUUCCGCCGUACCGAAGAAUGACGACCAGCAAGGCCUGGAGCUUCUUGACGAGCACCUGUUUCAGACAGCGAGGAACAUCAACGUCGGCACGUUUGCGACGGUAGUGCUGAAAGAUUAUGUGCGCAUGCUGUUAGGUAUCAAUCGGGAAAACACAACGUGGACUUUGCCAAUCAAUCAAGAAUUUUCCCCUUCCACCAAAAAUGACAUUCCAAAAGCUACAGGUAAUCAGUGCUCGAUUGAGUUCAACUUCAUCUACCGCUGGCAUAGCGCAAUUUCCGUGGAAGACGAGCAGUGGAUCGAAGGGCUCUUUGAAGAUCUAGAAAAGAGAUUGGGUCCAAACUGGAUGAAUAACAGGCUGGGCUCGAUAUUACCUGCCCGUAUUCCAGCGUUUGUCCAAGAACGACAUGACGAGCGUGCAUCGACCGACCCCCGUUGUAGGACCUACUUUGCCUUAAAUCCUGAAGUCAAGCGUGACCCCAAAACUCACAAGUACCCCGACGCCGCUCUUGCCGACUUCAUCAAACGGGCCACCGAGUCGAGCGCUGGCGCUUUCGGUGGUCGUCAAGUACCCAACGUAUUCAAAGACAUCGAAAUCAUGAGCAUACGACAUGCUCGCGAGUUAGGGGUCUGUACGCUCAACGAGCUCCGCACACUCUGCAAUCUGCGCCCAUACAGAACCUUUUCAGAGAUGAACGAUAAUGAAGCCAUCGCCACUGCUCUGAAGGAUCUGUACGGCGACAUCGCAGACGUCGAGCUGUAUCGCGGUCUUGUCGCCGAACAGGCCAAACCUAGGCAAGAGGCUACAGGCCUAUGCGCCGGUCGUACAAUCACCUACGUAAUCCUUUCCGAUGCCGUUGCGCUGGUCCGUGGAGACCGGUUUCUGACCACGGAACUCAAUCCGUACAACCUGACCAAAUGGGGAUAUGAUGAGAUUCAACCAGAUAAUAGCUGGAGUUUUGGGAAUGUGCUAGGCGACAAGUUGUUGAAUCGGCAUUUGGGGGAGGAGAAUAUGCCCCGUGAUUCGAUUUAUACGCAGUACAUGUUUUCGACGCCGGAGGAGACGACAAGGAAUAUUAAAAGGUUUGGAAUGGAAAAGGUAUAUAGAGAGACGAGGCUCUGA